AUGACGUCGACAGAGAGUCUUGAAAAGCUGGCAUGUUCUGACUGGAAGGCAGAGAUGCAAGCUACAUUUAAACUUAUCAAAGAGCAUGACAAAACACAGGAGAAGGACAUUGCUAACCACAACAAGAAAGCCUUGGAGCAGGAGAAGCAGGAAUGUGUGCUAGACAAACAGCAUGCUGCUGAGAAGAAGAAGGCGGAGGUGGAGGUGGAGAAACAGUUGGUACAAUGGCAUUGUGAGAUGGCUGGGCUUGGGAAAUUUGCAAUGGAGGAGAUGGAAAAGUUGAAGAAGAAGAAGCUGCCACAGAAGGCAAAGGCCAAGAGAGCUGCAAAAUCUACACGCCUACAGGAGAGGAACCAGGAGUACUUUGAUUUCUCGAUGCUAUCACCCAACAACCCAACUCCACAGGCUGGACCAGCACCAACACCUCAGAAGGCCAAGACACACAAUGAUACUGUAUCCACACCUGAACAACCCCAGCUACAACCACAACCACAAUUGAAACAACAACCACAUCCACAUCCGUGA